ACCAUGUGGUCAUGGCUGGGUUUAGUUAACCCUCCCGUUGCCCUUCGUAUUCCGUAUACUUUUUUCUUCUUACUAUUACUCAAAAACAAAAGAUAACAGCUUCAGAAUCAUGAAUGUCAUGCACAACAAUUCCUACUACACACACACACAGACACACAAAGGCACAUUGUCGGCCACCGACCCUCACUUUGACCCAGAGGACACCGCAGGGGUUAAGAGAUGGCAGUGGGCGUUGUUUUUUGUUUUUUUUUUGGAGGGGGGUUGUGGAAAUGAAACUGACAACAAAAAAGAACGCUGGCAAAGUGGGGUUAUCGUUCAAAGCAGGGAAGUAAAAGAACAAGGAAGAAGACCACGAGGUCUGGGUUGAUGAGCCAGAAGCACCAUGAGAAAGUACUCUCCUCAGUAACCUAGUGGUGUUCUUUUUAGGCAGACAUGGCCUCUGCUCCUGCAUCACCCAGUGAGACCUGCUCACUGGAGAACCAUCUAACAUGCUCCAUCUGCAUGGAUACAUUUAGAGAUCCUGUCACCACAGCUUGUGGCCACUCCUUCUGCAAGAAAUGUCUGAAAGCCAACUUAAAGUACAAUGCCAAGGUGUGCCCCAUAUGCAUGACGUCUGUACCCAGUUCCCCAGUUGUGAACUUUGUCCUGAGAGACAUUGUCCAGCAGCAGCAAAAGGAGAAAAAGACUCCAGAGGAAAACGAGGAUUUGUACACUGGGAAGGACGACAAAGAGGCCAGUGACACUUGCACAGACCAAAAGGUGGGGGCUGAAAGACUCAAAGGCCACAACUUAGUGACACCCGUGAGGAACGUGGGUGAUGGGGCAUGUCUGAAGUAUGGCUGCCCCUCGGAAAUUAAAACACCUCUGCAGAGCUGCAAGACAGCAGAAAUGAGCCUCCAGGUUUGCCAUUGUGGCUGGUCCAAAGUCACAACGUACCAGGGCCUAAGAACUCACCAGGGGAGGAUGGGAUGCACAAUGAAAGGGGUCAGGGUUGCAGAGAGUGACCAACAGUUUAUGUGGACAAAUGUGGAACUUACAAACGCUCAAAAGGACCUCAGGCUGGAUGUCUACACCUCUUUCAAGACUGACACAUACUUCUAUUCAGACAAGAGCCUCCAGGUUUGUCACUGUGGUUGGACCAAAAUGACGACUUAUCAAGGCUUAAGAAUUCACCAGGGGAAGAUGGGAUGCACACCGAAGGGAGUGAGGAUCCCAAAGGAAGAGCAGUACUACUGGAAAAAUCAGUGGGAAGUGGAAGUGAAAGUUAAAGUGGAUCAAAGGAAAUGUCAGCCAGCUAAAAGAGCAAUCAUCAAGGAGGAGAAAGUGCUGGAGCCACCAGGCAUGUAUGUCAGCACCAACUCUGCAGCCACAGUCAACGAGAGAUAUAAAUCAACUUUUGCACCUCCCAAAGAGGCCCAACGCUCCUCUCGGAGAACCACCAAGUCCAAGUCCGACUAUCAGCAUCAGGAUUUCUACACCCUUCCACAGGUGAAUAGAUCAGUAAGGGAACCUCCAGUUACUCUUCCACCAGUAGUUCGACCUAAGGAGAAAAAAGCUAAACAUCAAACAUUAUCACAGACAGAAGACAGAAGAGCGAUGACAGGAAAUCAGAGGAAAAUCCAUGACUGGACCGACUAUGCAACAACAGCAGCCUCAAUCAAAGAGGAGCCCAAAUCACCAUUUGCAACUCCACAACCACAUUUCCAAAGACCCACAAAAUCAAAGCCUGGCCAUCAGCUGUAUGAUUUCUCCAUCUAUCCACAGACAGCAGACAGCAGAGCAAUGACAGGAAGUCGGAGUAAUGGCCGUACUGACCUUCGAACAACAGCACCAGUAAUCAAAGAGGAGCUUCAUUCACCUUUUGUGACUCCUCAAUACUCUUUACAAAGACCUACAAACUCAAAUUUGGGCCAUCAGCGGCAGGAUUUCUACAACCUUCCUCAGACAGCAGACUGUAGAGCAAUGACAGGAAAUCAGAGGAAGAUCCAUGGUUGUACUGGCUAUGAAACAACAGCCGUGACCAAGGAGGAGCCUAAAUCAUCACUUGAAGCUCCACAACAGUCUUUCCAGAGAGCCGUAACCUCAAAUGCAGGCCAUCAGCUGUAUGAUGUCUCCGCUGGUGUACAGGCGACUAAAUCAGUAAGGGAGCCUCCAAUUACUCCACCUCCAGCACCAGUAGUCUCACCAAGGGAGAAAGAAAUUAAGCAUCAAACAUUAUCACAGGAUGUGCCAGUGUCAUCAACCAUCAGCUCUGCAACAAUCAAAGAGGAACCAAAAUCACCUUUGCCAAUUCCACCACCGUCUUUCCCAAGAGCCACACACCCAAAGCCAGGCAAUCAGCCGCAGGGUUUCUCCACUGGUGAGCAGGUGAAUGGAUCGGCCAGGGAGCAUCCACCAACAACAGUAGCCCAGCCGAGGGAGACAGACAGGAAGGAAAAUGAGGUGAGACAGAAGAGACCCAGACCUGAAAUACUGCCAAAAAUACAGAUGAAAGAAAAAAUGAGAAACAUCAGAGCAGCUGAGCGAGCCUGUGAGAACGUACCAGAUUCAACAAGUACCACCAACCAAAGAAAUUCUGCAGCAGCAGAAGCCACGACAGAACAUGUUGAAUCAAUGGGUGAAACUACACAGCCUGAUUUCUCCACUGGCCUGACGGUGAAGGAACUGGCCCGGAUGUUUUCAGCUACUACAACCCAGAACACAGCAGUCCAGUCAAAGGAGCAAAAUGGAGAGAAACCGGUACUAUCACAGGCAAAGCCUCUGGUUCAGAGGUUUUCAGCAACCGCAGCCCAGCAAACACCAGCUCAACCACUGGAGAAAGACAAGGAGAAUCAAAAACUAUCAGAGAAUGUGCCAGACUCGACAAGUAUUGCCCAAACAAAUUCUGCAGCAGCAGAGGCCACAACUAAAGACGACCCCAAAUCAUUGGAUGACACUGCUCAGCCUGAUUUGUCAACUGGCAUGAAGGUGAAGGAACUGGCCCGGAUGUUUUCAGCAACCACAAACCAGGAAACAGCAGUCCAACCGACAGAGAAACGAAAGCUAUCACAGGUGAAGCUUCUGGCUCAGAGGUUUUCUGUCAUUCCAGCCCAGGAAACAGCAGUCCGACCAAAAAAGAAAGACAAGGAGAAUUAUUACCUAUCACAGGUACAGAGGGUCCCAGAUUCAACAGGUGCCACCGCCAAAAUGAAUCCUGCAGCAACAGAAGCCACAACUGAGAGGGAUCCUAAGUCAUCCUGUGAAACAGAACAGCUCUCAGAUUUCUCCACUGGCAUGAAGGUGAAGGAUCUGGCUCGGAUGUUUUUAGCUGCCACAACCCAGGACACAGCAGUCCGACCAAGGAGAAACACAGAGACAUGAAAAUUGGCAUAGGUGGUAGAUCGACUGUAAAUCUUAUUUUUCAUGUCAUCAGUUUUUUACCCCAUCUGUGUUUCCAUUUCAGAGUUUUUCUUUAGACGAUCACAGAAACAUUGGAUUCUUGUAGACAAUGUAACAAACACGUAGUAGAUUAAGCUAUAUAUUUCUUAGAAAUCAUAUUUUAUCUGUAAUCUUGCCAUGGCAGACAGGUCUAAAUACCACAGUAUCAUGGGUGUUUGAUUGGAUAUAUUCAACAAUUCACAAGCAAUAAAACACACUGUUGCUCAACACACUGUCAGUCAGUAACUAAUGUUAACAGUUCCUUUGCUUACUUUAUGAUUCCUCUUCACUUUUGCUGCUGUCACUUUAUUUUAGUCAAAAGCUAAACUAUAUUUUGGUUAAGUUUCAGACAGGCAUUUUAGCAUUAUCACUGUCAGCAUCAUUUCACAAAUGAGUGAAGUGUUUGUUAAAUAUUUUCGUGGGUGUUUCAUGGCCAGAUAAAGUUGGAAUAAAAAGACACUUUGUGUGCA